AUGAUGGGUUGGUGGAAGCCAUACUUUUUUGUGGACACCACCGGUGUGCAGCUUCUCUUUGACUGGGCCAAAAUCGACGACACCCUCACUUUUAUUAGUGCCUCGGGAUCGAUUGCCUUGUUGUGUUUGCUGGACCGAUUUGCAGCACAUUUGGCACUGCAUCAGCGCCAGAAGGUCUACUCUUCGACACUGGCAUGGACAGUGCAGCGAUGUACUUCGGGUUUCUUGAUGCUUAUCAUGAUGUCUUUCAACAUUAUACUCUUUCUUGAGGUUGUGCUCUUUUCGGGCAUGAGCGAGUUGGGAAUGAGAAUUUAUUGGCAGAAAGACCAGGAGGAAGUGGAAUUUCGGAGGCUCAACCAACACGACGACGAACAGAAUGCGCAAAUAGAAAUGAUGGAAUGGUGCUAA